UCUAAUUAAAAGGGCUUUCAUCAUUCAUGUACCUUAAAAUGAAGGGUGUGACAUGGGUUUCUAAUUUACCACAAUGCCCUCAUAAAACCAAUUUCUGUCACACAACACAACCGGUUCAACAAACAUAAACAUCUUAGGUUAAUUCUUGUCUUUUCCUACCAAUAACUAAUACAGUAUCAAAAACCUACUCCUCAAAGGUUGUUGUUCUUUUUUCUUAACCUCUAAACCCUUUUUUGUUUAUCACAACAAAAACAAAACCACAUUCACUGUUAUUUAUCUUUCACUUUCAUAUUCUCAUAAUCAUAUCAAACUCUCAAAUGGGGCACGAAUCAGAUUCCAAAGCCAAGUUGGUAUUAGAAAUUUGCUCCAUUUCAACACGCUCUCCAACCUGUGUUCAUACCAUUCUUUCAAACCCAACCAACACAACUUUCAUUGACUGGUAUUGCAUUCUUGGAGUAGAAGAAAAUGCAGGGCUAAAUACGAUUCGCAAGAGAUACCAUAAACUUGCUUUGCAGCUUCACCCAGAUAAGAACAAACAUCCAAAAGCUGAAAUUGCCUUCAAGCUUGUUUCUGAGGCAAAUGCAUGUCUAACUAAUGAAGCAAAACGAGAAGCUUUCGAUUUUGCAAGAUACAAGCAUUUCUGCAUUGAGUGCAAGAAAAUUCCAUAUACAACAGACAAUGUUUCUGUCAAUUCCAAUGGUUCAAGUUUCACGGCAUGGAGUAUUAUCACAAGGUCAAAAUCUCUUAAGUUUUGGAGAAAUGUUAAGGAUAUUAGAGAGAGAUUUAAGGAGGAGGCUAAUGUGAUUGAGAAUUGUUUGAGAGUAAAUUCAAUGUCAAGGACAGAAUCUCCACUCUACAAUGUGCCUUCGCGGAGCAAGUCAGUGUAUAGAUUUGAGAAAGAAACUCCUGUUUUCGAUCCCUCGGAUUACCUGUAUCAAGGCUAUCCUCAUAUGAGAGGCUUUGUAAACAAGAAUUGUUCCAUGUUUUGGUACUUGCAGACGAAUAAUAUGGUCCAAAAUGAAAGGAGAGGAGCGCGACAUAGUUCUCCGGUUUUUGAGGUAAAAAGAAGGAGUAUGUUUUCAAACCAAUUUGCUUUUGUACCUUCAAGAUAUUAAUUAGCUUUAGAAGGUUUUUAACUUUCAAUGGAAGCAAUAUGAUUGUCCCA